AGUUGGGAGUAUAAGCGUGAGGAGUUUGCGCAAGCAAGCUGGGAGAGAAAUUAAGGGAAGCAAGCAUAUUCUAGCUAGAGUUGGUACUAGUACCUAGUAGUAGAACUUGGGGCGAAUGGAUCAGCUUGACGAGCAGUCGUUCCUGGACGAGCUCAUGUCCCUGCGCCGGGAGGAGGCGCCGGCACCGGCUCCGGCUCCGUGGCAGGCGUACCCGGGGAGCGGCAUGAUGACGACGAGCGACCUCCUCUUCUAUGGUGGCGAGGAUGUCGCCGAGGCGAGCAGCAGCAUGGACUUGGUCGGGCCCUUUCAGCAGCCCAUGGCGCCGCUGCCGGCCGCGCCUCCGCACCGUUCGCAUGAAGAGUACAACUUCGACUGCCUCAGCGAAGUGUGCAACCCUUACGGGAGCUGCGGCGGCGUCGUCCCUGGGCCUGGGGUCGUCCACGGGGUCGGCCAGGCGCUCUCUCAGGAUCCCCUCCACGACGCCAUGGCGGAGGACGGCACGACUAGUGGCAACCUGCAUCACGGUGGUGGGGCGUCGUCGUCCCCGGUGCCGUUCGUGUUCGGAGCAGGAGGCGCCGGGGAGAACUCGGAGAUGAUCAGGGGCGUAUUCCCCGGCGCCUACGCUAGAAGCAAGCUCAACGGCGGCACUACGUCCAAGAACCUCAUGGCGGAAAGGCGACGCCGGAAGCGUCUCAAUGACCGCCUCUCCAUGCUCCGCUCCAUCAUGCCCAAGAUUACCAAGAUGGAUAGGACCUCGAUCCUCGGGGACACCAUAGACUACGUGAAUGAGCUAACCGAGCGGAUCAAAACGCUCGAGGAGGAGAUCGGCGCCACGCCGGAGGAUCUGAACCUGCUGAACACCACGAAGAAUUUAUCCAGCGGUAGCAGCGAAGAGAUGCCGAUGAGGAAUUCCACCAAGUUUGUCAUCGAGAAGCAGGGCGACGGCGAAACGAGGAUCGACAUCUGCUGCGCCACAAGCCCUGGCGUGCUGAUCUCAACGGUGAGCGCGCUAGAGGGGCUGGGGCUGGAGAUAGAGCAGUGCGUCGUCAGCUGCUUCGGCGACUUCGCCAUGCAGGCAUCAUGCUCACAAGAGGAAGGCAGGAGCCAAGUGACAAGCACAGACGAGAUCAAGCAGGCAUUGUUCACGAGUGCGGGCUAUGGAGGAAGGUUCCUGUAGAUCGAGCACGCCAAUAUUCAUCAAGCUUGAAGAACAAGCUGCUUGUAGUUGUAAUUUUGUAAUCGUCCGUGAGUUCUGUGUUUGCAUAUAUUUGCUUGAUUUGUUUUGAAAAUAUCUGCAUGAAUUAAUGUAGUAUAGUGUUUAUUAAUUUUUUUUGAAUAGUAGUACUAUCCAAAGUUCAGCCGCUUAUGACCAGAUUGUAAUAGUUGGGUGUGUCUCCGUGAGUGUAAUGCAUAUGUAUGUAUCAAUGUAUGGAGUGGAGUAUUGGGAUU